AUGGCAUCCUCCAAGCUCGUCGCCGUCAUUGGCAGUGGUGCGGUGGGCCUGGCUGUCGCUCGGUCAGCCGCGCGCCGCGGCUUGCAGGUCGUCGUCCUCGAGCAGCACGCAGCCAUUGGCAUGGAGUGUUCGUCGCGCAACAGCGAGGUGAUCCACGCGGGCUUGUACUAUGCGCCGCAGAGCCAGAAGGCGACGCUUUGUGUGCAAGGUCGACAGCUCAUGUACGACUUUUGCCGCGACUUUCACGUGCCUUUCCAGCGCUGCGGCAAGCUCGUCGUCGCGUCGUCGGCCGACCAAAUGCAGCAGCUACAAGCGCUCAUGGCCAAGGCGAUGGCGAACGGCGUCACCGACGUCCGCCUUCUCACUGCUUCGGACGUGCAUGCGUUGGAGCCCGACGUCGUGGCCCACGGCGCGCUGCUGUCGCCGUCGACUGGCAUCGUCGACUCGCACGCGCUCAUGCUCGCCAUGCAAGGGGACGCGGAGGCCUAUGGCUGCGACUUUGCACUCAACUGCACCGUUGCUGGCGGCCGCGCCAACGCCGACGGCACGUUUGACGUGGUGACGCACCCGACCGACGAUCCGAGUGCCACGGACGUCAUCACGUGCGACGCGGUCGUCAACGCCGCGGGGCUCGGUGCUCUGCGCCUCGCGGCGCUCCUUGAAGGCACGCCGCGCCCCUUUGGCAUCGCCGAGCCGACGAAGUUUGCCAAGGGCUCGUACUUUAAGCUCGGCGGCGUCGCACGCAUGCCUUUCCAGCACUUGAUCUACCCCGUGCCGGAGAAGGGCGGUCUUGGCGUCCAUGCCACGCUCGACCUCGACGGCAACGUUCGGUUCGGCCCCGACGUCGAGUGGGUCACCGACAUCGACUACCAGGUCAAUCCCGACAAAGCAGCGGCAUUUGCGGCUCGCAUCCGCGACUACUGGCCGGGCGUCAUGGACGCCGAGCUCAUUCCCGACUACAGCGGGAUCCGUCCCAAGAUCGUCGGCCCCGGCGAGCCAGACGCCGACUUUCGCAUCGUCGAUGGAACGAGGAAAGAGCUCGUGCACCUCCUGGGUAUCGAGUCGCCAGGAUUGACGUCGUCGCUUGCGAUCGGCGAAGCUGUCGCCUUGCGUCUCGCGGCACUUUAACAAAGUCCAACUUGUCCUUCGCGUCGUCCAUGACGUGUGGUGACAUGUUGUUGCGGUAUAUAUAACGCGAUGUGGGAGCUUAGUUACGACUCAACAUGUCUUGCAGUGUG